AUGAAACGCGAUUUCGACGAAAUCUCAGAUGACGAGUGGGCUAACCACUCCUUCAAGCCCUCUCGCAUUCUCAAAACCACACAAAACGGCAAACGCAAAUCCAAUUCUUCUUCCUCCUCUUCUUUUCCUCCUCCUUUAGAAUCGUUUGCUUUCAAAAAACCACAACAAAACUCCUUUACCAGCAGCGGAGACGACGAUUGUGUCGAAGUCACUGAGCAUUUCAAUUUGGAGGAUGAUGACGUGGAGGAGGAGGAGGAGGAGGAGAAGACGAGGCUAUCAGUAGUGAAUCGUGGCCGUCGAUUCGUGGUCGAUGAUGAUGAGGAUGAGGAGGAGAUGGAAGAGCGAGAGAGCGGUGGGGAUUUGGAGGAGGUUUAUGAUAUAAAAUCGAGCGAGGAGGAGUGGGAGGAGGAGGAAUUAGCGGGAGAAGAUGAUGAUUUGGUGGGUAAAGCUUUGCAAAAAUGCGCUAAAAUAUCGGCGGAGUUGAAGAGGGAGCUGUACGGCUCUGGAGUGACCUCGUGCGACCGGUAUGCAGAGGUGGAAGCUUCUUCAGUCAGGAUUGUUACUCAGGAUGAUAUUGAUGCAGCGUGUGCCGUUGCAGAUUCAGACUUCCAGCCUGUCCUUAAGCCAUACCAACUGGUUGGUGUCAACUUUCUUCUUCUGCUAUACCGGAAGGGCAUUGGCGGAGCCAUAUUGGCAGAUGAGAUGGGUCUUGGGAAGACCAUUCAGGCAAUUACAUAUUUGACGUUGUUGAAAUACUUGCACAACGACCCUGGUCCACAUUUAAUUGUGUGUCCUGCCUCUCUGUUGGAAAACUGGGAAAGAGAACUGAAAAAGUGGUGUCCAUCAUUUUCUGUACUCCAGUAUCAUGGGGCUUCGCGAUCUGCCUAUUCGAAAGAGUUGGGUUCAUUGGCCAAAGCUGGGUUGCCACCUCCAUUUAAUGUGAUUCUUGUCUGUUACUCACUUUUUGAGCGACAUAGUGCCCAGCAGAAAGAUGAUCGUAAAAUUCUGAAACGUUGGCAAUGGAGCUGUGUUCUAAUGGAUGAGGCUCAUGCUUUGAAGGAUAAGAACAGCUAUAGGUGGAAAAAUCUGAUGUCAAUUGCAAGGAAUGCAAACCAGCGUUUGAUGCUCACUGGGACACCUCUGCAGAAUGAUUUACAUGAGCUGUGGUCAUUAUUGGAGUUUAUGAUGCCUGAUCUUUUUGCUACUGAGGAUGAGGACUUGAAAAAGCUAUUAAAUGCAGAAGAUGGAGAUUUAAUUGGUCGUAUGAAGUCUAUUCUGGGACCAUUCAUCUUGAGGCGUUUAAAAUCUGAUGUCAUGCAACAACUAGUUCCAAAGAUACAGCGGGUUGAGUAUGUUUCAAUGGAAAAGCAUCAGGAAUAUGCUUACAAAGAAGCAAUAGAGGAAUAUCGUGCAGUUUCACAUGCUCGUAUUGCGAAGGUUUCAGAAGGUGACCCAAAUACUAUUGUCGGAGUUCUUCCACGGCGGCAGAUCUCCAAUUAUUUUGUUCAGUUCCGUAAGAUUGCCAAUCAUCCGUUAUUGGUGAGGCGAAUUUACAGUGAUGGGGAUGUCAUUCGUUUUGCCAAAAAGUUACAUCCAAUGGGUGCGUUUGGCUUUGAAUGUACCUUGGAAAGGGUAAUAGAGGAACUCAAAAGCUACAACGAUUUUUCAAUUCACCAGCUUUUACUCUAUCAUGAUGUGAAUGAGAAAAAAGGAAUUCUUUCAGACAAGUAUGUUAUGCUUUCAGCUAAAUGUCGGGCAUUAGCUGAACUUCUUCCUGACCUGAAGAAGUGUGGGCAUCGUGUUCUGAUUUUUAGCCAGUGGACAUCGAUGCUAGACAUCCUAGAGUGGACUUUGGAUGUAAUUGGGGUUACAUAUAGAAGACUUGAUGGAAGUACUCAGGUGACAGAUAGACAGACCAUAGUCGAUGCUUUCAAUUAUGACACUUCUAUAUUUGCAUGCUUGCUGUCCACUAGAGCUGGGGGUCAGGGUUUGAACUUGACGGGAGCUGAUACUGUAAUUAUACACGAUCUGGAUUUCAACCCACAAAUUGAUCGACAGGCAGAAGAUCGUUGCCAUCGCAUUGGCCAAACUAAGCCUGUCACGAUAUACAGACUGGUGACAAAGGGCACGGUUGAUGAGAAUGUUUAUGAAAUAGCAAAACGGAAGCUAGUUUUGGAUGCUGCAGUGCUUGAGUCUGGCGUGCAGGUAAGACAUGGAUUGAUCAAAGGCAAGUUGCUUAGCAUUUACCUAGAGGCUAGAACUUCAGUGCCUUGCUGCGAAGCAAGUGGCCUUGUUAGGGGUCCUAAUUCCUAUGGGUCUGGAGUUUAUCCAUCUAUUUUUGAUGAUCUUGAGUUACAGAAUGGAUCUGGAUUGGAAUGGAAGAGAAUGGCUCUUCAAAGUGGCUGUAUUAUAGAACUGGAAAAUGGAUUGGCUGACUUGUAG